UAGCCUUUUAAAAGAACAAUUUAUUUUUUACUUCCAAUGUGCAAAAUUGAUGUCAUGAAGCCAGAUCUUUAGUUAAAGCAAAAUGAACCGACCAGAAAGGAUGCCCGCAUCAAAUCUUCAUCGGGUCCUCUGGGAGGCCAUGCUGAUGCAGGACAACUGAAAGACCGCAAGGGGAAGCAGCGAGCACCCAUCUGUGCGGUGGGCCUGGUCAAUGGUUGCUAUGGAUGCCUGGUGUUGUAGCAAAGUUCACGGGGAAGCCAAGCAUGGAGGUGGCAAUUCACCCUAGCUACCCAGCUAUCUAGCUAGAUCAGCGUUCGUGCAAAGGCGGUACCUGGUACCUGGUAAUGCACCGGUAAGCACAUGUACCGGUGUCGUUGGAAGGAUUACAGCUCAGCGGGUUGAUAACUUUGGAAGCACGUCUCGAAGUACCGGUACGUAAGGUUAAAUAGUAAAAGUCAAGGGAAAGGGCGAUUGAGACAAGACUUGACUUCAAAGCGUCCCGCCCACAAAAAAGAUCGCAGCACUAAACAAAGCAAGAAAGAAACUCAAGACAUCAUCAUACCAGAAGGAAGAACCAUGGCCAACAUCAGACGCGACAAACUCGGGCUAGAACCGGCACCGCCAGCUGUCCAACAAAGUCUACUGGGCGUGAGUAGCUCAGAUAUUGAUGGUUACUACCUUUGUCAAGGACAAGGAAGUGGGUCAUAUGGUGGACACACGGUGUUCCGGACCUUUGGCGAAACCAUUUCGGUGCAAUGCAAUUUGAAUGGCCAAAUCUACAUUGGAGCCGGUCUGCGUUCCGGCAACACCAUUGCUGUGACCUGGAAGAUUCCCUUGGUCUACGCCAGUGUUUAUACACUGGAAACCAAUACUGACAACACACAACGAACCAUGAGGGGCCGCUAUUGCAAUGUCCCAGCCGAUGGUGCCUUUGGCACGGAAGUGCUGACGUUUGAUCGUCCCUUGGAAGACGAUUGGAAUGUGGGAGAUGCCUUGUUGGGAAAUUGGUCCAGUGAUGCGUUCUGGUAUCCCGGUACCAUUAUGGAAAAGCAAGAGGCACCAUCCCAAAAUAGCACUAACCGGUAUCUGGUGCGGUUUGCCGAUGGUGAUCAAGAAUGGCUGGGACCUUCCCGUAUGAUGAAGGACCGCCUUUUGGCUGGCGAUGUUCCCUAUCGAACCGGUGAUAUUGUCUAUGCCAAUGGCGGAGACAUCCAAGACAAUACGCUCCCAUUGGAAGCCCAUCGCAUUAUCCAACGGGACGGUGAUGACCUGGUUCUUCAAAUCGGAAAUCAUGGCCCUCCCAUCUCCACACAAAUGCGGUACAUUCGCACUCUGGCUCCUCGCGAAGCGCCCUACACUGUCCCUCCGAAUGAGUCCAUGGGCCUUCAACAAUAGUCCAGGUAGAAGAGCCACAAUCCACGAGCUGUGCUUUUGUGUGGCUGGAAGGCACACGCGGAACCCACAGAUUCCUACCAAAAGUUCUGUAGUCUGGGUCGCCGUUAGUCAAAAUUUGUUU